AAUUAUUUGUCUUUUAUCAGCAUUCGUUUUUCUUCUCCUGAGAAACCACAAUCCACAGCCGUCGGUUUGUUUGGUACCAGUUCAAGUAUAAUACUUGUAGUUCCUGAAAAAAAGGACUGGUCUCUGUUGCUUAAAGGCUUUUCUCCCUCUUCUAGUCCACGUUAUUCAUGACCUUUUUUAUACUGUAGCUUAGUUUCAGGGCUUACUGCUUGAGUUAAUGUGACUUGGGAGGCCCUCAUCUACUUCUUUUUUCCAUUUAUUUGGAUGUUUGCUCAAUAAUCAAUCGGCACAUUUUCGUCAUCUUGCUCUCAGUGCCCCCAUUUCAGUUGAAUAACUGUGAAUCUUUUUACUAAAAGGUCCAAUCUUGAUGGUGAGAACCACAAUUUCAACUGGAAUCCAUAUAGGAGCACAAUGAAUAUACCAUUUUGCUCUGAUUAAGAUGGAUCUUUCUAUAGAGUAAGCUGAGGUAGAUCAUGGAAAAGCUGAGGGAGAUGCUAGCUCUUUCCGUCACAAGUAUUGAAUGGAGCUAUGCCAUCUUCUGGACAGUUUCUUCUUCUCGACCAGGGGUUUUGGAGUGGGGUGAUGGAUACUAUAACGGAGAUAUAAAAACAAGAAAGACAGUGCAGUCUGGAGAAACAGUCACUGACAGGCUUGGCUUGCAGAGAACCGAAUGUUUGAGGGAUCUUUACGAAUCUCUGCUAGUGGGUGAAUUGAACCCGCAAGCAUCCGCAGCUUUAUCUCCAGAUGAUCUCACAGAUACGGAAUGGUAUUUCCUGGUUUGCAUGUCAUUCGUGUUUAACAUCGGCCAUGGGCUUCCUGGGAAGGCGUUUGAAAAGAACCAAACUAUUUGGCUAUGCAAUGCUGAACGGGCAGAUGGAAAAGUAUUUAGUCGUGCGCUGCUUGCCAAGAGUGCAUCUAUUCAGACUGUUGUAUGCUUUCCGCAUUUGGGAGGAGUCAUCGAGUUUGGAGUCACCGAACUUGUAAUUGAGGAUAUCAACCUCAUCAACCGCAUAAAAACAUCCUAUCUGAGCAUUCCUCACCUUGGCAGAAAUGACAAAGACAUUAUAUGUGGUAAUGCAAACCAAGAUAGUAGUGAUGCCACCCCAAAACAAAUGAAUAUCCUUUCCGGUAACAACAGUUCGAAUAGUAUGAAAGCUGACCAACUAUCAAGGGAUGAAGUUAUGGUUGGAGGACUUGGAGCUGUAAAUGCUUCACAACAACUACCAAGCUGGCAAAUUGUUGAAGAAGAAGAUAACAAGCAUGGAAACCAUAACAACUCUACAAAUUCGAGUGGCUCUAUCUCCCAGAACUAUGAAAACUGUGAAAAGGUCUCCAGCAUCUCAAAUGAUGAAAAGGCAAUAAAAUAUUCUCUACAAGUACAUCAAGAAUUCAAUCAAGAAGCAAAUUUGCAUCCCCUGGAUAACGAGGUUCAUUACCGAACUGUUCUUUCCAGCAUUCUGAAAAGCUCCCACCAGUUUCCUUUGGGACCAUACUUUAACGACACUUAUAGAGAAUCAAGUUUUGUCAGCUGGAACAAGGAAGUAUCUUCACAGAAGUCAAUGAGUGGGACUUCACAGAGAUUUUUGAAGAAGGCACUCUGCAGGCUUGAUGGAAAGAACGGAUUUUUUGGGCCGGCAGCCAAUGAAGAAGCUGAUAGGAGCCGAGUCUUAUCUGAGAGAAGGCGUAGAGAGAAAAUAAAUGAAAGAUUUGUCAUUCUUGCAUCGUUGGUUCCCAAUAGUGGCAAGGUUGACAAAGUAUCUAUACUUGAUGAGACAAUAAAAUAUGUCAAAGAUCUCAAACGAAGAGUUUGCGGGGCCCAAUCUGAGAAAGGACUUGAAGUUAACGAAGGAAUGAUGAGAGGUGAUUCUGCUGAGAGGACGUCUAGCAAUUGUGGUACAAACACAAUCGACAAUGCCAUGAAGUUAUUGCGUAAUAAUAAGAGAAAGGCCUGUGAAAUGGAAGUGAAAAAAAGUCCAGUUUGUGAGAUAGCAGUAAGUGUUAUAGGUGAGGAAGUUACCGUUGAGAUAAGGUGCGAGUGGAGCGAAGGCGUGUUGAUUCGAAUCAUAGAGUCAUUGACCAAUCAACAAUUGGAUUGUGUUACGGUCCGAUCUUCCCGUGGUGAUGGGAUUCUUUCCAUGACUAUUAAAUGCAAGGUGAAAGCAUUGAAAGUUGUAUCACCGGUGUGGAUUAAGAAGUUGCUUAAAAGAGUACUUUGAGAGUUCAAUCUUAGUGAUGAUACAUAUCGACGGAAAAGGUUAUCCUAGUUUGCCUAGUUUCCGCACGGGUAGCUCAGUUCGUUCAGUGGUGGGAAAUUUGGAGCAAUGACUAAGGUUCGAAACCCGCAACGGCCGUGUGGAAGUUACAGCUUCUACCAUCAUUGAGCCGAGUGAGUCAGCGUGACUUACAUCCUUUCCAAAAUCCUGUCGAGUCGGGGUGUGAGGAGCUCCUGGGGUGGGAGAUUCCACCUUUUGGAACAAUUAAAUAUGACACACUUAUUGUCUGAACAUUUAUUGCAUAUGGACAAUUCACUGUAAAGUUGGUUUUUCUUCACACAGACACUUCUUCUGUUGCCUAUCUAGCACUUUUUAUUUGUUGCA